ACAUUCACCACUACAGAUACAUUAUCGCAAAUUGUAUUUUAUUUAUUAUUUGAAUAUUAGCCAACUUCCCUCCCAUUUAAUAAUAAAUCUAUUUCUUAUACUUUUACUUCUAAUCGCACACAUACAUACGUACAAAUAUAUCAAACAUUUUGUUUUUUAUCUACUUUGAUGUGCGCUGAAUAUAUCUGACCUAUUAUCCAUUACAUACACAUUGCCAUCUCUUUCUCCCGCGUAAAUGUAUAUGUGUUCUGUUAUUUAUCCUUGUCUUGAUCAUUUUCUACCAAUAGAUUAUUUAAUUCUCUCUUUCUUUUUGCUUUCUCUCUCUUUUUAUCACGCUCUCUUGGCUCAAUAUACUUUUCUUCCAUUCCCCUUUGUAUUGGUACUUAUAUAUAAAUAUAUGUCUACAUAUAUAUGUAUAUGUGAAUGGGUGAAUGCACGCGCUCCGAAAAGGCCCCAUAGUUAAAGUCUCUCAUUCUCGUUCUUUAGUAUCGCGCCGACUUGUUUCGUAUUAAUACUUAAUAUUUUCACCAUGGUAAAAUUCACCAUAAAAUGUGUACACUAUACUUUUUAAAAUAAUAAUAAACAAUACAAUAAUAAUAAUAAGUAUUAAAAAAUUUAUAGAAAAUUCAUUUCUUGCCAUUAUUUGAAUUUUUAAAAAUCCAUAAAGUUAUUCAAAUAAAUUUUUAGUUCAAUUUUUAUUUAAACAGCAAAAGUAUAUGUAUAUAGUCAAUUUUUUAAAUAUAAAAUAUUGCUCGUGUAUAUAGUGUACAUAUAUUUUCUAUUUCUUCUUUUAAACGACCUGUUUUGUACGUGUGGUAUAUAGUUUUCAUGAUUAUUAUAAAGGAUUUGAAUUCGUGCCACUUAUUAUGCACAAAGAAAUGAUAAAAAAAAUAUUAUUUACCGUUUAUUUUAUUUUUAUUGCUGUGAAAUAAUUUUUUUUUCGAUUGAAAACAAAAUAUAUUUUAUUAUAAAGUAUAUUUUGUUGAUUUUUUUUAAAUUUCAAUGGAUUACCAAUUUUGUUGAAUUAGUUGAAGACUAAUUAAAGCAAUAGAAUGGCGACGGCGUUGACGACGAGCGAUCACAAAGAGGAAGAAGAUUUAAUUGAUUUAGAUGGCCGUGCUUGUGUAUCAAUUGUUCGUGUACCAGAGACAGUUAAUUCUGAAGAACAUCUUCUGGAUGUCUGCCCACCGCGGCUUGAGCAAAAAUUAUCGUUGACGAAAGAACACAAAUUGAUACGCCAACACUGUGACAAUGGUGAUGUUUUAGUAACUCUUGGGCACGAUCAGGUUGUUCCAGUACGUAAAAGAAUAGACGUGGUGUCUUCAGAAACGAUAAAAAGAAUUCGUGUUAUAACGAAAAAUCUGGAACCUGUUAUAAAGGCAACUCAGGAGCAGAAUGCCGAGCUGAGUGAAAAUAAUAAUGAGUUUAAUGGCUCAAGGACUCUUGGAGAUGACGAAUCAUCAUCUUCAACAUCUUUAGAGGUGGAUGUUAAAUCUACAGCGGCUGAUGAAAAUGAAUUAUCAGCAGGAAAUGAAGAAAAAAAAUUGUGGAUUAAAAAUUCUGAUGGAUUACUUGAUGAAUUUAAUUGUAAACCUUCAACGUCUAAUAAGGAAAUUGUACCGACUCAUUCAAAGUCAUCAUCUUUAGGGCAAUCAUCAGAGGUAUUGGCAUCAACAUCAUCUUCAGAAUGUUCCGAAGUUGAUUGGUCGUGGGUUGAAGAACUAGAGCGUCAACGUUCGCUAUCAAUUCAAUCUCGUCGUCCAAAGUCGUUAAUCUCAGUGUAUACUCCCACUACUGCAAGUUGUACCCCCAUCAACUCUACCACCAUUGCGAGCAUCACCACUACCAGCACACCGACAAAAACAACAUUAGAGAGUACAUCGUCAUCACCAGGUGCUCGUAAUAACGAAUACACACUAGAGAAAAUCCAGAAACGCAUGCGUUCAUCAGCAGGGCCAGUUGCCGGUAGCGGUGGACAUUCAAAUGCCAGUAUCACCAUGCCCGUCGACACGACGACGGUAAAAUCAAUAGCGUCCACGUUGUCAAGCCAAGAUAAUAAUCAUUAUAGUAAUAAUAAUUACACUGAUAAUGUAUCAGCAACAACAACAUCAACAGCAGGAACAUCAACUUCCAAUUCAACUUCCACUUCCUCUACUUCAAACUCAACACCGCUGUCAUUUGAGGUCGAUCAUAAUGAUAACGAAGACACGACUAUUGUUUUUAAUAGUGUUGGAAAUUCUCCCGCCAGUAGUUCGUCGUGGAUGCGUGCGUCGAUGCGCAGGCUUCGACAUCUCCGUCUUCCUCAGGGAUCAACAAGACAAAGGACAUCUCACAGACCAUUGACUGUUGAUAAUAUUGAGUCAUCUUCAUUCACAACAACCUCAACAUCGUCAUCAGCAUCCUCAUCUUCAGCCUCAUCAUCUCGGCCCAUUUCUGCCCCAAACUCAUUACCAGACAUCGCGUUAAUUGCUCCGGAAAUAUUGGCCGCUCACACUAAUUCUAACCCGUCAAAUUUGAGGCCAUCGAGUGCACCGGUUAUUGUUGCGAGAACUAAUGCCGGUGAUAAUUUGUUGACACCGCGUAGUAGAGGUAGAAGAGGAAAUAUUAAUCGUUCAAGAGGAAAUAAUAGUGUUACUGAAAGAUCAUGUCGGCGUAAUAGCAAUAGAUCGUCAUCAAUAAAUAAUAACACUAAUAAUAAUUGUGCUAAUGGUGAUAAUAGUGAUAAUGUUAAUAAUAUUACAAGAAUAAAUUCUCCUCAACAUUUAAAUUCAACUCCAACAACCAGACGAUGUGAAAGACAGAGAGAUGGAUCCCGAAGAGCCGCAGGAAGCGCGGGAGGAAAUGAAGAUGAAGAAAGUGAGGAAAAUCCAUUGGGGAAAUGGCCACAUGCGCUUAGUCCAGCAUUGGCUUGUCUUGGUUGUACACUUGGUUUAUUUAAUAUAAGCCGAUUUUCAAUACUCAGUGUUCAAUUCGGAGCAAAUUUUAUCGUACAAUUCUUAGUAUUGUCAUUGGUACUCGGUAUACCAAUGCUAACAUUACAAGUGUGUCUUGGUCAACGCCUUGCAGCCGGUGCCGUUGACAUGUGGAAAAUAUCACCAGUUUUUCAUGGUGUUGGUAUCGCUUUAUUAGUAGCACAUGCCCUUAUUGGUAUUUACAGUAUUAUUGGAGUUUCUUGGAUGUUCGUUUACUUCAGAGAUUCAUUUAUAACAAAACAAGACAGAUAUCGUUGGGCAGAACCAUUUUUUUUGUAUCGUGAAGAUACCAAGCCAAUGAACUUAUCAGUAUCUUACAAAUUACACGAAACAGUGCCUGAUUAUUUUAGUGGAGUCGUUUUACAGAGACAUCAUUUAAAUGAACCGAGUCCUGGUGUCGUGACUCUUAAAUUUCAAGUAGCAUUUAAUCUCGCCGUUGUUUGGAUGAUUGUAUUUGUUUCUCUUAGCAAAGGGUUAAGAUCAUAUGGAAAAGUUGUAUAUGUAUUUACAUUAGUGCCAGUAUUCGGUACAUUAAUAUUAUGUACAAAACUAUUGGGUUUAACGCCACCCGGUACGAUAAAUCAAUUAUUUCCGGCAACUGUUUGGAGUGAAUUUUUUAUAAACAGUAAAUCAUGGGUCGCUGCUUCAUCUGAAGUAUUUCUUACAUGGGGGGUUUUAGGUGCUGCUGCAAUGCAGAUUGCCGCACACAAUAAAUAUAAGAAUCUUCUUCAACGAGACACCAGCCUGGUAAUUGUUUUGACAAUUGUUGUACUACUGUUAGCAGCAUUUUUAGCUAAUACGUGUGUGCAAAUUUUACGAUACCAUGGGUACACAUAUACGACUAGUUCUUUUGAAAAAAUAUCUAGUUAUGUUUUUAUGAGGCCAAUCAAUCAAGCGCCGCCUCCAGGUUACGGCAACACGCCCGAAAGAUUCAUGUCCCACGCGUCAUUUCUUCUAGGACAGCGUACAAUAAAACCAGGUGCGGAUCUGACUGCUGAGUCUGGCUAUCAGAGUCUCAGACUAUCAACGGAACUAGUGCCAGCAACUCUUGCUCUACUGGGUGCUGAACAAGUUUCGCCUUUUUGGGCCGUAUUAUUUUAUUUUAUACUCAUUCUUUUUGGUAUCGCGCAACAGUUAGCAAUAUGGCAUUGUGUGAUAACUGGGAUAAUGGCAAUAAACGCUAAAAUGAUGAAGCUUUGGGAAACAACAAUAACAUUUUUUAGUUGUGCCUGCGCUUAUAUCCUUGGAUUACCAAUGGCAACUGAGUGGGGUAUUUAUAUCGUUUAUUUUUUGGACUACACAAUUGGCGGUGCAUGGUGGAUUAUUAUUUUAUAUCUCGUACAAGUCGGCGCGGUAUUUGCAGUUAGAGGUAGACCUCAUACUGGGGAAGCUGUUGUUGCUGAAUUAUUUUCACCAACUGGUAGAUGUCUUAAGCAUUGGGCUGGUCCUUUAUUGUCAUUCACAUGGAAUGUUAUAUUACCGAUUAUGUUAAUGGUUUUGAGCAUAACUUUGUUCCGCAGCAGUAAUUUCCGUGAACUAUAUUCUUAUAGACGAAAUGGUAAAGAUUACUGGGCAGUAUGGUCACGACAAUUGGGUGCAUCGAUGCAAUUAAUACCGAUAUUAAUUAUUCCGGCAGUUGCUAUAAUCCAAACUUUUCGGUAUCUAAAUAAUGGACCACCGGAUAUAUUUGAUAGAAUCCAGUUGCUAUAUCGGCCAUCACUGGAGCCCGAAAGUGCCCGACGACGUAUCACCCAGUUACGAAAUAGCGGCGCGACAAAUAUAAAUCACGAUAACACAGGAAUACUACCCACGACAUCGGACGUACCCUUUGAAGACCCACCACCAAAGUAUACACCACCUCCCAGUUAUACGACGGCGACGGGUGCACGAAUUGCUAAAAUGUUGCGUCAAAGUUUUCGUCAAAGUGUACGGAGAAUAGCAUCAGUCUUAGGAGAAAGUAGCGUAGCACGUGCAAGACCAGCUUUGCAACCACCGCCACCAGACUACGCAACUGUUUUAGUUGAAAUGAAUCAUACGAUUGUUUCAAGAGACAUACCAACUAUUCAUACCAUUGAAUCGCGACCGGAUGUAACAGAUGUUGGUGUUGCUAUGAAUAAUCACCAUAAUCAUCAUCACCAUCAUCUUCAUCGGAAUAGUCAUAGCGGAGUUCCAAUUAUGGAUCUAAGAGUUGGAUCACAAACUCUCGACAGAGUAUCACGAAACACUUUGGACAGAUGUCCUGUUGAAAGAACUCACUCUACAAUCGAUCGUAAUCGCCGGCGUUUACACAAUACCGGAUCAUCUAAUUUGACAGCUGCUGAUGUCGCUAAUUUAUUACGGAGUAGUAUCAGAAGGGGUACUACGAAAACCCACCAGACAUUGCAGACAAAUUCGCUGCUCAAUCAUCAAUCAGCUCCACCAAUCAAUGCCACGUCUAUUGAAAAUCUCGUCACUGCUGCUGCGCCUAUUGGUGAGGAUUCGUUAGUUUUUAAUAAGCAGGACAUACCUCUAGUCUCUGAACAAAAUGUUGAUAACAAUGACAUUGAUAUUGAUAAUAAUGAUGAUAAUGACAAUGAAGACGACAAUGAUAUUGGCAAUAAUGAUCCUGACUCUCAUCCUGAUGAGGUUGAUGUUGAUGUUAAUAUUGACGUGGGCGAUGAUGAAAAAGAUAAGACUGGUCAAAUGGAAUAAACUCCAUUUUUUUGUUUAUAUGUGUGAUAUAACUCGCAACAAUUGUAUAAACGAUGUAAUAUUUGUUUAUUUUUUAAUUGGUUAUUUAUCUAGUUUAUUGUAACUGUAUAAUUUUUUAUUAUUAUUGAAAAUAUUGAUUGUUAUUUUUAAAUAGAAUAAUCUGAAUGUAUUGUUUGAACCGAAUAUCGAGUAACAUUUAUCGAUAUAUAUUAAUGCAUUACUUACAAUAAUGUUGAUGUGUUCAGAAGCAUUUUAUCUUAUUUAUCUGAUGUAUGAUAAACACCGCGAUGCCUUACUGUCAACGAAAGACUUGUAAAUGUUUAUAAGAAACAUUAUUAUUAUUUUUUACUGUUUAAAUUUGUACUAGAAAUUUAAGACCGAUAUAGAUGAAUUUAUUAUAUAGAAUAUAUGUCGUUUGGAAGUAUAUUAUUAAAUUGUAAAAUGUAUGAAUAUGAAACAAUCAUAAUCCGUCCGAUCAAUUGUGUAAUUAAAAUAAAAAAUAAAUAUUAAGAUAAUUUGAGUUUUUUUUUAAUUGAUGUAAAUUUUCAUCGAAGUUAUUUUUUUUAUUAGAGCGGAUAAUGACUUAGAUAGUUGGAUAAAU